AUGAUAUAUAAAUUCACCACCUUCGUGUUUUUUUUGCAGUUCUCUCAUGAUUUUCUCUGCAAAAAAGACACUUCAGAAACUCGACAGAAAGGAACACACAAGAAGAACAAACGAGAAAAGAUGAUGAUGACGAGAAGAAGUAUAAGAAGAGUCCCGUUAUGCUUAAAUAUCUUCUUUAUCUUUAGCUUUCUGAUAUUAAAAGUAGUCGUAAACGGGCAACAAGAUCUUCUCUCCGGGGAAGCGCAAACGGCCGCACGGAGAGGCGAUUUGGAAUACUUCACGACCUUGCUUGAAGUCGUUGACGAUCCGAUUUCGUUCUUAAACCAUCAAGAACAAGCGACGGAACAGACGCCGUUAUUGGCAGCCGUGUUGGCUGGACAGACAGAAAUCGUGAAACAGUUGUUAGAGACUGGAGUGGACGUGACGAUACCGGAGAAAGAUGGGUACACGGUCAUGCACGCGGCGGCGUUUCAAGGGAGAGCGGAAGUUGUGAAACUGUUGUUGGCCUACGGCAUUGACGCGAACGACGUCAGCGCGUCGGAUGGAUUUACGCCGUUCCACAGAACGUUGUGGACAAAUUCUGAGAGGCACGUGGAAACGAUGAGAGUAUUCUUGGAGGAUGGGAAAGUGGAGGUGGAUUUUGUCUCGCACGUGGGUAAAACCGGGGCGUUGAUUGCGACCGAAUUGAAACACACGAAAGUGUUGGACAUUUUGUUGAGAGAAUACGGAGCGGAUCCAAACUUCCGAAACAAAAGAGGCGACGCUUUAGUGCACGUUGCCAUUCGCGCGCAAGACGAGAAGACUUUAGAUAUGCUUUUGAACAACGGCGCGGAUAUCACGUUAGAGGAUGCGAAAGGUAAAUCGUGUAGAAAGAUAGCGAAACAGUUGCGCAGUAAAGCCGUUUUAGAAAGAAUCAAUCGAGCGUUUGAGGAGCUAAAUACUCCUAAUCCAAAUGAUAACGAUAGAAAAGAGAAUAGAGGCGAGGAGUUGUAG